AGACGAGUGCCAUGGCCCCUUAGCAAGGAUUUCAUGCAUAAAUCGACAACUGGUUCACAUUUUGGUUGCUUUUGUUUGUUAUCCAAGGUGAAAGAGGGGUGUUUGGUUGGAGGAGGAUAUGAGGGAGGAGGAGGAGGAGGAGGAUAUGAGGGAGGAGGGGGAGGAGGAGGAGGAGGAGGAUAUGAGGGAGGAGGGGGAGGAGGAGGAGGAGGAGGAGGAGGAGGAGGAGGAGUGGGAGGAGACGAAGGAUGCGAAGCCUGGGUGGCUGCAGAAGCUCAGGGCGAAUAGAGAUAUUUCAAGAAGAGCAGUGGAAAAACUGGCAGUAGGGAAACAUGUCUAUCUUGUAAUCAAUCAAGCUUCGGGGC